AUGUCUAGUUUUAUUCCAAUGGUGUCAGCAUCACCGCCUCCCAUGGAGGAUGAGAAAACUUUUGGAUGGGAAGAUGAUGAAGAGUUUGGAACAUUUACUGGAGCUAAUGAUAGUGGUUCCAAGGAAACAAAUUCUGAAACCGACAAGAAUUGGUCCAAUACAAUUCCAAAAUCACCGGAAGAAAGUCCUUCCAAAGAUAUUGACUUUGCAGACUUCAAAACAUUCAACGACAACAUUCAAGGAUCAAAACCAAAUGUAACCGAUUUACCAUUGAAUUCAAAUAUCAUAUCAAACAACAAAAUGUCGCCCUCAUCUGACAUAAACAAAAUGUCUGAAAGUGUGGAGAGUUUAGAUUUGAGUGAAAAAAAUAGUACUCAAACAACUUUAAAGAGAGAUUCUGAUUCAGGGAUGUUCAGUUCCGACCUCUCACCCAUUCCUGUUGCCAAGGAGACGCUUGCGUCUGAAAACUGUGAUAAUGAUUACCCUGAAUCUAUAAAACUCAAUGAUUCUAGUCCAGAAACUCCUGAAGAAAUGACAAUUUCAGAACAUGAUAAUGGAUCGAAAGAAAUUCCUUCUCAAGCAGAUUUGGAUUUACCCACCUUAGUCGAAAAUGAUGUACUGGUAAAUGAUAAUUUAGAUAAUGAAACUUCAAUAAAGGAUGGAAGCCUUGUGGAUUCAGAUGAAGAAUUUGAUGAUUAUAGUUCUAAUGUUCUUCAAGCACUAUCUUCAAAUGCAGCACAAUCUUCUAUAAACCCUCCAAUUAAUAGUGACAGUCAAUUAACUGAAUGUGAUGAUUCUGUUGUAAAUAGUAAACCUAGUCUUGGACCAACUUCUCAACUUUCUUGCAGCGCUGAUGAGGAUGAUUUUGGUGAUUUUGCUGAAUUUUCAGACAAGCAGUUACCAAAUGAGUCCAAAACCACAACCAUAGUUGAAUCUGGUGUCACUUCUGCAACAACUGAUACCGGUACCAAAAGUGACAUGGCUGUACCCCUAACAGAUCUAGAAAAAGAAGAUCAUGUAAAAAUAAACUCUAAGGAUAGGUCCGAUCCUCAAGAAAAUGAUUCAGUCAAAAACUCUGAUUCCAAUUCAGGUACUGCCAUAGAGAUAGGACCUAUACAUGAUUCUCCUUCCAAAGUUGAAGAAUCUUCAAGUGAUGGCAAAAAUCCCGAAAAUGACAGCCCAUUAAAUGAUCUCAGUGAGGAUGAAGAUGCUAAUUUUAGUGACAGCCAAAAUGAUGUCAACGAGACAUUUCCUAAUUCAAGCGAAAAAAUGGAUCAAACUGAUCUCAAAAGUGACACUGUAUGUGAAAAAGUGCCGCAUGAUAGUGUAGACAGGCAGACAGAAGUGGAAAAUGUGGAUAUUAAUAAGGCAAACGAUACUGACAAGCAUAAUGUGUUGAAUAACAAACUUAACACUGAUGAUGACUUUGCUGAUUUCCACAAAGCAAAUGAUAGAGUAAUUGAGAAUUGCACAGAAAAUCAGGUUAAAAGUGAUAGUGAUGAUGAUUUUGCAGAUUUCAGCUGUGCUAAAGUUAAAUCUUCUGAAGAGAAUGAAGAAGGCUUUGCUGAUUUCAGCAGUGCAAUUUCAACCCCUCUUACUAACAAUGAUGAAUUUGCUGAUUUCAGUCAUGCAAAAUCCGAGGGUGAAAAUCAAAAUGAUGAUGACUUUGCAGAUUUCAGCAGUGCAAAAUCUACGAGUGAGAAUAAAUGUGUUUCACCAUCUCAAAUUGAUGAUGAUGAUGACUUCGCUGAUUUCAGCAGUGCCAAAUCUGAAAAUAAUAGUGCAAUUAAAAGUGUGACGCAACAUUUUACUGAGAACAAUAUUACCAAUAAUAAUGAUGAUGAUUUUGCUGAUUUCAGUUCAGCAAGUAAGUCAGAAAAUUUUGCAAAUUUUGAUAGUAAAAAAGAAAAUGAUGAUUGGGGAAAUUUUUCUGAUGAUGAUAAUGAUGAUUUUGGUAAUUUUAAUGAAUCAGCUGUGAUACAAGAGGCGCCCAAACCUGCAGCAUCAACUGUUUCUCGGACACCUGGUUUAGAGAAGAUUGCCACAGUUAUAGAGACAUGUUUUACCCGACAAUUGCAAUCAGAUAUUGAUGGGAAGAACUGUAAUAUUAUAAUGUUAGAUAGUUUACUUCAGGGUUCUGUAUAUACACAGACUACAAAACCUCUUACACACCAAGAUAUAUUAAAGAAAGUUUUAAAACAUAUAGAAGAUUAUGAUAAUACGAAUGCCUUGAUGUAUUCGUGGAAGAAAUCACAUAGUAAUAAUAGAUUGUUUAAAACAUUGAGAAUAGAUACACAGAAUAUGUUAUUUGGUUUAAAGAAACAGGUAGUGCCAUUAUCAGUAACAGGGUUAACUUUACUAGAACCUAUUAGAGGUCAGCUAGAGUCUAGUAAAAAAGGCAGGGUGUUAGCUAAUUUAGUGGAACCAACUUCUACCGAUUCCAUCCCACAGUUACAGGACAUGCCCCCGGUUGAGUUUGACUGGCACAAUAGUGGUCUCACUAAUCCAUUAGAAGCCAAAACUCUGGAUUUAGAUUUUAUGGUUUUGCAAGAAAAUGAAAAUAAUGCCAAGACCAGAGUUUUCCAGUCUGAGCUUUUAGAUGCACCAAGAUCUUCAGUUAAACCAAUGCAGCCAUUAGAAGAUAUAUUAAAGAACAUGAAGUCUACCACCAUGUCUACUCCAUUCUCAGAAACUCCACGAACAGAAAACUUAUCAAAAGAAGCAGAUGAUGUCAUUAAAUCACUACCUCUUUUAUCUUUUAUGAAGUCUAAAGUUUUAAUGUUUAAGUUGAAUUCUUAA